AUGGAGGACAGGAUGUGUCCGAAGCACGAGAGGCUCCUGGAGCUGUUCUGUAAGAAGGAUCAGAUGUGCGUGUGCGUCCUCUGCACCGAGACGGACCACAGGGCUCACUACACAGUCCCUGUGGAGAGAGAAUGGACAGAGAAAAAGAGCUUCCCGGCCCUCAGCACUCCACCAUCUGUUAAAGACUGGUCAGAGACCAGUGUUCCCACUGACACAUGUGUUGGCAUGAUCAGAAAAUUAGUGUCCAAACUAGAGGCGACGUUGACUGAAAUGAUUGACAAACUGUCUGACAGUGAGAUCAAAAAAGUUCUGAAAUAUACAGUGGAUGUCACUCUUGACCCUGACACAGCUAACCCGUGGUUGCAGCUCUCUCAGGAUAGACAUCAGGUGAGACACCUGGGUGCCUGGCAGGACCUCCCGGACCACCCCGAUCGCUUCGACACGGUGGUUAUAGUAUUGGCCCAUGAGGGCUUCACUUCUGGCAGACACUACUGGGAGGUCCAGGUGGGGGAAAAGGAUGACUGGUACCUUGGUGUGGCGAGGUCAUCUGUUAACAGAAAGGGCAGGAUCUCUGUAAGCACCACCCAAGGCUAUUGGGCUCUGGCCAUGAAGAAAGGCCAGGGAUACAGAGCGUCAACAUCCCCACCAUCACUGCUCUCCCUCGACCCUAAGCCCAAGAGAGUGGGCGUGUAUGUGGACUACGAAGAAGGCCAAGUGUCGUUUUAUGAUGUGAGAGCACGGACCCAUAUUUACACCUUUGAGGAUACCUUCACUGAAAAAAUUCUUCCAUUUUUCUACCUGUACUGCUGUGACAAAGCCUCUGACACCAUCGUCAUCUGUCCUGUGAAUGAGAAACAUCUGAUCAAGCAAAGCUAAGGACAUAAAAACAAAAGUUGUUGUAGCUAUACCCGAUUUAAUUACAUGUGAACUGUAGCUAAAUAUGUUAAUUAUACAUCCUGUGAAUUUGUAGCCAACAUGCUUGUAAAACACAAACCUCAAAUGACGUU